AUGGAAUAUUUGGAAAGGAGCAGUGUAGGGAAUGAAAGAUCUUCAGGAAACGUCCCCGAUACCGACAGUUCGAUUACCAUUCUCGACAUUCCACUCUCCAUAUCUAAUGCUCCUCAGCUAAAGGCAUCCUCAGAAACACAGCAGAAUUCAUUUCCGAAGAAUCUUGACUCGGCCUUUGCAAACCAUUACUUUGUCUUUCCUCAAACCUUAGAGAGGUUUGUAAACAAGAUAAAGGACCGGAAAUUUGUUUACAAGUUUUCCGCGGACCAGUCCUUAGAGAUAGUUGAAUGUAAUAACCAUAAGACAGUAUAUUCUCUAGGAGUUAUCGAUUUGGAAAAGGAUGGAAUUGAGGCUUGUGGCCGCAACAUCUCUUUUGUAGUGAACAGAAACAAAUAUCGGAGUUCUGUAAAAGCGAGAGAAGACAAGGAAUAUAGAAAAGCAUUGGAAGAAGGAAAAAAAUACGUCAGGAAGAAAAAUGAAUAUGAAAAAAAGAUGGAGGAAAUCUAUCUCACACAAAUCAAGAACGGUAGAAACUUUGUCUUUAUCGAUGAUCCUGAGGAUCUUCCUCGAGAACUGAAAGCCAUAGUAAGGCAUCUGUAUUCAGAGAGCGUCCACGUACCAAAAACAAAGACAUUUUCUUCAAAUCAAAAGAUUGAGCAUCUCCAAAAUGUUUUACAGAACAUUCCGGGAAUAGGAAUAAAUGCAGCCCGUAGCCUAUCUCUUCACUUCCAAAGCAUUAGUAAUCUCCAUUCAUUUCUUAAAGGGGACAACAGCGGAUUGCUAAAGGAAUUUAAAGUCUGGGACUCCGAUGGAAAGAAUUCCAGACCUUUAGGCGAGAAGCAGAGCGAUAAAAUAAGAAAUAUAUUUGUUGGAAAUCAGGAAAGGCUUGUCCAUCCUGUUCAGAUGGAACAGAAUUAA